AUUCAUGCAGCAGCACAAACCCUAGAUAGAGGCGGAGGAACGUCACAGCUCCGUCUCCCACUAUAACUUCACUAUUUCCGCCAUUAUUACAAGAGCCAGGAGGUCGGCGAUAUUUCCACAAGGCAGGGGCGCAGAAUGGCCUCCUCGUCCAAGAAGAUCACCUACACAAGUGAUUUUAAGUUGAAAGUCCUCGAUUAUUACUUCAAACAUGGAGGGGAUGACCAUUUUGGGCUUAAGAAGAAGACAGCUGGCCAUUUUAACAUUGACAAGAAGACUAUCAACAGAAUGCUGAACAAUCCCGACAUGGUGAAGAGAGCAAGGCGUUUGAUCACCAAGAAAUCUUCCUCCUCCUCCUCCUCCUCCUCCGUCAAACCCUCCUCUUCCUCCUCCUCCUCCUCCUCCUCUUCCUCCUCUAAAACCAAAGGAGGAGGAGGAGGAGGAGGAGGGAAGCAAGUGAAAGGAGGGAAGAGUUUGGGGUCCGGAGGAAGACUAAGUGGAGGUAAAGGAGGAGGAGGAGGAGGAGGAGGAGGAGGAGGAGGAAGUUCAUCAUCUUCUUCUGGAGGAGGUGGAAUGUCAACAGGUGGAGCAGGAGCAAUGGGCAACACCGCAGCCACCACCACCACCACCACCACCAGGAUGCGGUGCGGGGGACAGAAUUCGGAGCAGAAGGUGAAGAUUUUGGAGCUGCCUGAAGAUCCAGACUACUCUCAGCUGAAGCGAUCGAUAGGUGCGUCUGUCAAUGGUGUGGCAAAUGUGGCCAACCUCCUGGUGACUGCCACAGAUGAGGUGCGGAAACUGAUCUUAAAUGAGUGUGACAUGAUCCUGGAGUGCAAGGUGUGUCAGAAUCUCUUCCGUUCGGUGGUGAAUUUUCUCGCACACAAAAGGAUUUAUUGCCAAGACCAGUUCGCCGAUGUCCGGACGCUGUUCCAUAGGGACAACACACAGGGGAUCACCAGCCAGUCAGGAACGGUGGUGGUGGAGCCCGAGCCACCACCACCACCGCCACCACCACCACAAUCACCACCACCACCCCUGCCGACCCCUGACCCCCACAGACCCCCCCUGCCAGCCCCCCCUGCCAGUGCCAAAGGUCGCGGGAUUGAGUCGAUUGCGGCAAGGCUGGCAGGUCGAAGGUCAGGUGGUGGUGGUGGUGGUGGUAGAGGUCAUGUCGCUACCUCCAGCGCGACCUACACUGGCUCGGCAAAAUAUUUUCAAAGGCUUCACCAGGUAAGCCAGCAGAGGGACAAGUUAAGCCAGGACUGCACUGUGGUGUUAGAGGAUAUACGAGGUGUAGCUAAUGCCAAACUGCAGACCUUCCUACCACACACCACAGCCACAGCAGCCACCACAGCAACCGCCACAGCCACCACAGCCACAGGCCAGCAUAUGAGCCAGCUGCUGGAGGAGGUGUCUCGGCGGGGGUGUGGGGUGAGUGUGGCCCUGGAUCAGCGGGGGGAGGUGGUGAAGACAGUGCCGGGCAACGUGGAGGCAAUGGAGGUGGACAAGCCAGUGCAAGUGCCAGACAGCAGUGCCAAGACUGCCAGCCAACUCAUUUGUAGACUGUGCAACACCCGGUUCGCAACACCCAAGACACUCUCGGUACACCAGCGUUCACACCACGGACUCAAGAGAUUGGUGUAUACGUGUCCCAUCUGCCAAGCUGUCUUCAUUAGCAUGUGGGGCGUUUUGAAGCAUCUGGAGAAGUCUCACAAGAAGACUAAAUACCAGAUUGAACGCUUGAAAAAAGUCAUUCGGAAAAACGUCAUCAAAAAAUCGGUGUUUAGAGCAGGGAAGGAGGAGGAAGAAGAAGAGGAGAAGGAGGAGGAGGAGGAGGAGGAGGAGAAGAAGGUGGUGAAGGAAGAACAGGAGGAAGAGGAGGAGGAGGAGGAGGAUAGGAGGAGGAAGAGUAACGCCAGGCUGGAGGGAAGAGGAGGAAGAAGCUUAAAUAAAAUGACCACCACCACCACUGCCACCACCACCACCACCACCACCACCACCUCCAGGACGGUUAUCUCCAAACUUGCGUCUAAGCGAGAGGAGGAACGGCGCAGCAAAACCACCACAGCCACAGCCACCACAGCAACCACCACAGCACCACCGACCCCUGAGCACCGCUGUGGCAAAUGUGAGCGUAAAUUUAUGACCCCACAAGCACUGAUCUCCCACGAAAAAUUUUGUUCCUUGCAGCAAAUGAAACCUCGCUCCGUAAUCCUUCCAAAAUCACCUUUAAACCCUAAAUUACGUUCGGAAACCCCAGAGAAGCGGAUUGCCAUACAGAUAAGGAAGGAUUACAAGAAGACGCACCCCGGCCCAGUGUCUCCCGGCCCCGAUGGCACUCCAGGGGCCAAGAAGUGCCAGAGAGUGCCAGUAAAGUAG